AAUGCAAAGUUACAUAGUUGAAUUCAGUCAGAUAUCGAGAAAUGGUGGAAGUCCAGCAUUAAGGCCCUGAUUAAAGUAUUAAGGAUUGGUCCAAUUUGAAAGACAUGAUUUUCAAAUCUUUCACUGAGAUAAGUACGGAUCAGUGAAUAACUGCAAGUAACGUAAACAUAUAGGUGACUUAACCCCCAAAAAUUGUACUUGCAUGCCAAACAUUUGGUUGAGCUUUGCAACAAGGGAACAAUUCUUUGAAUUUUCCUCUUAGUUUGCUAAUUGAUCCUGUGUGGGCCUACUUUUCUCUUAAUUUUUAUUUGAACAACACAGACACAAGUCCUAGAGCUCUGUCAUGAUACCAGUGUUCUGUUUAAUUGGCUGUUAGUGUAGAAUGAAUUGUGAUACACCAGUCUGUUGUCUCGAGUGGCUUCUCUUCCUGAAUCGUCAAAUUACCCAACUUUGUCGUUGUUCAAAUAUAAUCCAAAUCCUCUCUACUUCUAGACUUUCCAUGGUGUAAGAUUACUGGUUAUGAGUGUAUAUUCAUGUUUUUCUUAUGCUCUACAGUGUUAAGAUUUAAACCAAGUCCUCUCUCUUUGCUGGGGUUUGGGAAAGUAAGCCAUAAACUGGAUUGAUGAAAACAGGAACUGAACCAUGCCGCCAUAAAACUGAUAUGCCAUACUAGCUUACCCAGGACAGCAAUUGAUCUAGACUUACAAGCCUUCCAAAAAUUAGAGGAGGAUGAUGCAUGAUCCAAGUUAUUUUGUGUAACUACAAAUUUGUUGGAAUCUUUGCCAAAAUCCCUGAAGCAAAAGAUUUAUAAGACCAAAUCCACUGAUCCACCAACAAUCACCAACCUAUUUAUCAUUAUUUUAAUUUAAAUAUGUGACAAAGCCUAGAAAGUAACUUUAUUGUCCACCAUGUCAUUCACUCAUCUAGUUAUUUCUAACAAGAAAUGAUUAAAGAUCAGUGAUUCAUUAUCUAUGCUAAGAUGAAAAAAGAAAAGGUAUACAUAUAUUUUACAUAUUUCAUAUAUGUUUUCAAAUUGCAACUAUAUAAUUAUAUUAUUAUAUGUAGAUAUACAUAUAAACUUUUUUUAAUUUUUGACUUGUAUGUUCCACUUGGCAACUUAGCUUAAUAUUGGCUCUGAAAUUGUAUUCCCCUUCACAAGUGUUGUAGAAGAUUAAGACUUAACUUGGUUACAACUCCUCUAGCUAAGAUCCAAAAUGGCUUUGGGCUUGAGAUUACUCACUGAGGGUGAUGAGAGGUUUUUAUAGCUAGUUUCCAGGAAAUGUUGACAUUGUAUUGGACAAAGGGUAUAUGCAGAGAAAAAGUUUUGUUUAGUGACAUGUUAGGAGCCUUGUAGGAAGGGAAGAAUGUCAAAUUUUGGGUUAAGUGUGCCCUUCUCCUAAAGUCUCAAAGUGAUUUUAUAGCUUCAUUCAGUGUUCAGUCUUCUUUGAUGAAUGUAUAUUUAUUAUUUAACUUUUCUGAACAUUUAACCAACAAUGUGAGUAGUGGGUCACAUGUACUGAUGAAAUUGAUUUGUUUGUAUCAAGGUAAUACAACUGAACCUGACAGGAGUGACUCACCGCAAACACACUACUCAGCUUGUGGUCCAACCCACAAGACUGGGAGAUCUGUCCAGGAUGGUCUCCCCAGCACAAGCACAAGCGCAAGAGGAUCAGAAGAUGAUAUGCCUCCAAAUGGCAGCAAUUCUUUAUUAAGUAAAAGUGAACCAGAUGAAUGUAACAUAGUGGAGGAUGAGAGGCCAGGCGUUGAGGCUAACAAGAAGAUCAACAAAGAGAGCAGUGGAAUGAAUCAGAUGGAUAAUGCCGCAGCAGACCUAAAAAGUGCCAACGAUAAUGAUUCAAAUGCAGAUCAGGCUAAAGUGACUGCCACUGGGCGAUCUUUUAAAGUCGCAGACGUUCCAAUUAAAGUGAAGAGUAAAAUCUGCCUUAAACUUAAUGUAGAAGAUAAUUAUAAUUUUAAAGAUUAUCGCUUACUUGGAGAGAAAAUGGGAAUUGAUCAAGAUGUAAUAAAAAAUUUAAAACGGUCAGCAAAUCCUACCCAUGAUCUUCUUGACCAGUGGUCUGUUAAACGUGAGGCAACUGUAGAGAAGCUCAUAGAGUUUCUUAGAGAGGAUGAUAUGGAUAGGGAUGAUGUUGCAACCAUUCUUGAAGACUGGUUGAAAAAAGAGAUUUCGAAUACUUGAGGUAUUGACAAUUUUUAUUAUUUUUGCUUAGGGGUUUUUGUUUUUCUCUAAGAAAA